AUGCGCCAGAUGGAGCACCUCGAGCUACACUGGGACUGCAGCAACGAGGCCACCGUCUGGACGGCCCAGGGCGAGCCCCUCCAGGGGCUGACUGGCCGUGGCGAACGCAUCGAGUGGGCCAUCCCGGAGGCGUUCAAAGACGGCGAGAUGCACACCGUAUUUAUCGAGAUGGCGUGCAACGGCAUGUUUGGAAACGCGGCCGGCGAUCCCAUCUUCAAGAACAACGCCAACGGCAACGCGAUCCAGCCGCCGGAUCCGAACAAGUACUUUGUCCUCGCUAAGGCGGAGAUCGUCGCCGUGGACGUGCAGGCGCGGAAGCUGCACACGGAUAUCGAGGUGAUUCACCAGGCUGCGCAGGAGUUUCCCGAAGACUCAUGGGAGCAGCGUGAAGCUUUGAACAUUGCGACGCGGAUUACCAACACUUUCAGAGCCGGUGAUCGGGAGUCGAUUUUGAAGAGUCGGAGGAUUGCUGAAGAGUACCUCGGCCCUGACACCAAUUCGGGCAAGGUGUUUUCUGUGCGCAGCGAAAAGGUGCCUGAUGUCUUUGCUGUUGGGCAUUGUCAUAUUGAUACCUGCUGGCUGUGGCCGUGGGAGGAGACGAAGCGCAAAGUUGUUCGGUCAUGGUCGAAUCAGUGCGAUUUAAUGGAUCGGUACCCUGAACUGAAGUUUGCUUGCUCUCAAGCUCAGCAAUUCAAAUGGCUGAAGGAGGGCUACCCGUAUGCCUGGGAACGAGUGAAAGCCAAGGUCAAGGAGGGCCAGUUUCUACCCAUUGGAGGUUGCUGGAUCGAGCAUGACACAAAUAUGCCGAGCGGCGAAUCCCUUGUUCGACAGUUUCUCUACGGUCAAAGGUUCUUUGAGAGCAACUUCGGGUUCCGGUCAACUACUUGCUGGCUACCCGACACAUUCGGCCAGUCGAGUCAGAUCCCUCAACUCUGUCGGCAAGCAGGGAUGAACAGGUUCUUGACGCAAAAGAUUUGCUUCAACAACAUGAAUGAGUUCCCUCAUACGUCCUUCAACUGGGUUGCUCUUGAUGGAAGUCAAGUCAUCUGCCACAUGCCGCCCGCAAAGACUUACUGUGCCGAUGCAACGUUUGACAACAUCAAAAAGAGUAUGACGCAGCAUAGGACACUAGAUCAGGAUCACACUUCUCUCCUGGCAUUUGGAAAAGGUGAUGGCGGUGGCGGCCCUACCUGGCAGCAGAUUGAGAGACUUCGGAGACUGAGAGGCCUCGCCGACACCACCGGGCUUCUCCCCCGAGUUCAUCUCGGAGGCACCCCUGACGACUUCUUCGAUAAGCUGGAAGAGAAGGCGCACACGCUUCCAACCUGGCAUGGGGAGCUGUACUUUGAGCUUCAUCGUGGCACUUACACGACCCAAGCCGCUACGAAGAACAACAACAGACGAGCUGAGUUCCUCCUUAGGGAUCUCGAGUUUCUUGCCACGAUUACCUCCAUCCAUGAUCCCUUGUACAAGUAUCCUAAGAAGGAACUCGAUGAGAUGUGGGAAGGCGUUCUACUCUGCCAAUUCCACGACUGUCUUCCUGGAACUGCGAUUGGGAUGUGCUAUGACGACUCGGACAAGACCCAGACAUACGAAAUUGAACUUACACGCGUCAAGAUCUACUCAAACGUUUUCCAAAUUCGCGACACCCUUCUCCAAGAUAUAUACAGCACUCUGAGUGUAUUCGAGGGACCCGAGCCAAGGUUUGCUGACGAUGAGCAACUCGCUCUCAACACCUUGGCGUGGCCCCGCAAAGAGGUACUUUUCGCUAGCAACGGGUCGGUUGUCAUCGCCGAAGGUAAUGGGACCUUCCUCUCUAUCCAAGAUACCCCAACAGUCACAGCCAAGAAGUUAGUGACCGUGGAGGAAAUUUCCGAAGGCGUCUUCAAAAUGCAGAACUCCCGCUUCUCGGUGACCGUCGAGCAAGGGUGCAUAACUUCCUUGUACGAUUACAGCACCAAGCGCCAGGUUCUCGCAGGAAAGGCGAACCAGUUCGUCAUUUUCGAUGAUAAACCCAUCUACUGGCAGGCCUGGGACGUGGAGGUUUUCCAUCUCGAAACUCGGGAAGAGCUACACGGGUCCACCACUUCGAUUCUUGAAGACGGCCCUCUGAAGGUCAGCGUUGUCACGGAGACGAAGAUCAGCGACGUCAGCUCUAUCAAGACCACCAUCAGCCUCAGUGCUCCUUUUGAUGAGCCUUUUGAUGAGGAAGCCAGCCCGUCGUAUGUGGAGUGCACUGCGGAAGUUGACUGGCAUGAGACGAUGAAGUUCCUGAAGGUCGAGUUCCCGGUGGAUGUUCGGCACCAUGAGGCAUCGUACGAUACCCAGUACGGUGUCAUCCGGCGGCCAACUCACUAUAACACCUCCUGGGACAUGGCCAAGUUUGAGGUGUGCAGCCACAAGUACGCGGAUCUCUCGGAAUACGGCUACGGCGUCUCGAUCCUCAAUGACAGCAAGUACGGCUUUGCCACAGUCGGCAACACUAUGCGGCUUUCGCUCCUGCGCUCCGCCAAGGCCCCCGACGACCAGGCCGAUAUGGGCAAGCACACCAUCCGAUGGGCCAUCCUGCCUCACCAAGGCCCUCUUGGGCCGGAUACGGUCAGAGCUGCCUUUAACUUCAACAACCCCUUGAAGCUGAUGUGGAUGUCCGCGGACUCGCCGUUGAGGGAGUUUCCAAUCGUAUUGGAUGGUGACAAGAACCUUGUCCUCGACACUAUCAAGCGUGGAGAAGAUGAUGAAGACGUCAGCAACGGCGAAUUGCCGGUGCGGUCGGGUAAGAGCGUCAUUGUUCGAAUCUAUGAGAGCCUUGGUGGGCGCGGACGAGCGACGGUGCAGGCGAGGUGGAAGUUGCAGAGUGUGCACAAGACGAAUCUCCUUGAGGACGACGAAGCAGAUGUUCCCUUGGUUGAUGGCAAGUUUGAGGUUGACCUUGGUCCCUUCCAGUUGCAGACAUUCAGAUUGGUUCUGGCCGGAUAG